GAAAAAAGCGCAAGACGUCAUUUCUUUUUUUGGAUUAUAGAGGAUGUUUUGAUGUUGUGUUUGAGUGAAACUGAUAGUGCACUACUAAGAUAAAACAAGCAGCCAUAAACGAAACAAACAUGCGAGCGGAUGGAAUAAAGUGAGGGCGAGCGCGAAGCGGACGACACGUCGGCAUGGGGGAGAGCCACGUCUCGAUUUACUGGGCGCAGCUGAAGGCGAUGCUGAAGAGGAACAUCCUGCUCAAGAAGAGGGAGAAGAGGAAAACCACGGCGGAGGUCCUGCUCCCCCUCUACUCGCUCGGGGUGCUGAUCGCCCUCAAGGUAAUAAUCCCGAACCCGAAUUUCCCGGUUAUGGACACUCCGCGCGGCGAAGCCGACCUCUUCGCCUAUUUCCAGCAGCUGAAGAACCACACCGUAGCCGUAGUGCCGAACAAUAACGAAACCCAAGACUUCUUGAAACGUGUCAACGACCUCUGGCAGACCAUGCACCACAACAACCCCGGUUUGCACCCCAUCAACUGGUUGAUCUUUCCCACGAACGAGGACCUCCUCACCGCCUACUGGUCCGAGCCGGACGACAUCCCCAUAGCCGUUCUGUUCGAGGACCCGCGGCCCAUCAGCGGCUCCCUCAGGUACAAGAUCCGGUCGAACCCCUCCAAGUUCGAGACUCCGUCGACCACCGUCCUGUACAGCUCGCCGGCGUCCUGCAGGGAGUCGUCGGAGUUCUGGUCAGGUGCCAACGUUUUCCCCAUAGAAACCGGGAAAAGCUGUCCCGUCAAUCAAUACUACUACUCGGGAUUCGUGGCCUUGCAGGCCCUCCUGGACUACACGAAAAUAAGAAUCGACACAGGACGGGACCUCAACGUGCCCAAAAUCACGCUGGAGAUGUUCCCGAAGAAGGCCCACACGGGCGACUGGAUGGUGGCCUUCCGCAUCAUCAUCCCGCUGUACAUGGUGAUGGCGUUGUCGCAGUUCAUCACCUACCUACUCAUUCUCAUCGUCGGCGAGAAGGAGAACCGGAUCAAAGAGGGAAUGAAGAUCAUGGGACUUAAAGACUCGGUGUUUUGGCUCUCUUGGUUCAUCAUUUACGGGGUCUUCGUACUCUUCCUGUCCAUAGUGUGUUGCGUCCUCCUCUUCACGCUGCAAGUGUUUCAAAACACCAAUUUCCUACUCAUUUUCCUACUAGUCUUGCUGUACUCUCUCUCGAUCAUCAUGUUCGGGUUCAUGAUAACGCCGUUCUUCGACAAGUCCAGGACCGCCGGGAUCUUGGGCAACUUCGCCGUCAACAUCAUGAGCCUCUUCUACUUCAUCCAAGUGUUCGUGGACGGAUCCAGCUCGGUGGCCUUCUGGAUCGUGUCUCUGAUAAGCUCGUCGGGGUUCGCCCUAGCCAUGGACAAAGCUUUAGUCAUGGAACUAAAGGGCGAAGGAGUCAACUUCGACAACUUAUGGUCCGGCCCCGGAAUGCCAUUCGGCGGCAGCCUGAUCAUGAUGGCCCUCGACUUAGUCAUCUACGGACUCCUGGCCUACUACCUCGACUGCGUCAUACCAAGUGAACACGGCAUCAAAAGAUCGCCCUUUUUCUGCUUCAAACCUUCGUUCUGGUGCUCGAAGAAGCCAGUCCAGAGGAUACCGCUAGCGAAUGGGGGCUCAGUUGGGUCUUUAACCACCGGCGAAGACAACAACGGCGACGUGGAACCCGUCUCGAGGGAAAUGAAAGGGCGAGAGGCCAUCCGAAUCGUCGACAUGUUUAAGAGUUUUCACCAUUGUCGCAAGCCCGAAAUCAAAGCCAUCAAUGGAAUCAACUUGACGAUAUACGAAGGACAGAUUACGGCGAUUUUGGGGCACAAUGGGGCUGGUAAAACCACGCUGUUUAACAUUUUGACGGGGCUGACAGCCCCCACGUCGGGUACAGCGUACAUUUUCGGGUACGACGUCAGAGACCCUAACGACAUGGACGAAAUCAGAAGAAUGACCGGGGUUUGUCCACAACAUGACAUUUUGUUUGACAAUUUGACCCCCAAGGAGCACCUAGAGUUCUUCGCCGCGGUCAAGGGAAUUCCGGCAAACCUGCGCGAAUUCGAGGUUAUGAAGACGUUGAGGGACAUUGACCUGACUGAGAAGGCUAACGCGUCUGCUAAACACUUGAGUGGUGGACAAAAGCGCAAGCUCUCAAUCGGGAUAGCCGUGAUCGGGGACCCCAAGAUCAUCAUUCUAGACGAACCCACAGCAGGUGUUGAUCCCUAUUCGAGACGCCACAUGUGGUCGGUGCUCCAGAACCGACGUCACGGGAAGGUAAUUUUAUUGACGACGCAUUUCAUGGACGAGGCGGAUAUUCUAGCUGAUCGCAAGGCUGUGGUGUCCCGAGGGAGCAUCCGCUGCUGCGGCAGCUCCCUUUUCCUUAAGAACAAAUUCGGGAUUGGGUACCACUUGACCCUAGUGCUUGACGGGAUUUGUCGGGAGCAUGCCAUCACGCGUCUGGUGACCUCGCACGUCCCUAAAGCCGAAAAGGCUCGUCGCCAUGGUCGCGAGCUCAGUUUCAUCCUCCCUCAUAACGCGGUCGACAACUUCGCCUCUUUGUUCUCCGCUAUUGAGCAAGAAAUCAACAACAAGUCGAGCAAGUUGGGGAUUUCGAGCUACGGAGUGUCGAUGACUACCCUCGAAGAGGUGUUCCUGCACCUGGAGCGCGACGAAGAAACCGAAGGUACCAUGGACAACCUGUCGAAGAAGAUGGUACGAAAUCGGGCUCUCAGUCGCAGUUUGAGCCUCCAAAGCAAGAGUACUAGUUACCAGUCGUUGCAAAACGAAGGCAACAAUGCGGCGGCGCAGGAUGGCAAAGGGGGCGGCGAUGCCACUCAAAUCGGAGGUCUCGAAAUCAUCAGCGAAACCAAAUCCCCGAUCACUGGAAUCGGGCUGGAAAAAAUCGAGUGUCACCCCAAUGUUUUUCAGACACUGGUAGCCCUACUAAGACUAAGAGUGUUGCGGUUGAUCCGCGACCUCCAGAAGCUCUAUUUCAUGAUCGUGCUACCACUAGGGUUGGCAGCCACCGUGCUCUAUUUGAACAGCAUGCAAACAAUUGAGGUUAAGUUGACCCCAUUGGGCUUAAAUGGUACCACGUAUGGGGAUCAAACGACAUUCGCCAUCCACAAUGGGUCCGACGAAAACUUAGACGACUUGUACGACCAACUGAGACAAGUGGGUGUGAAAAGGAUAGACCCAUACGACGGAAACUUCUCCCUCUUGUUGGACAUGUCGCCCCACAUGGCGGCUUUAAACGUCAACGUGUUCAGUAACGAGAAUUAUGGCAGUAGCGUGACGGUUAUCUAUAACGACACAGCCCAGCAUAGUCUACCCAUUAUCAUCAACCUUAUCAGUAACGGUCUCUAUCGAUUGAUGAGUCCAGAGCGAAUCUUAAAAGGUCAAUGGGAACCCAUCGAGGUCAUUUCGUUACCAUUCCAACAAACCUCGCAGCCCGAAGAGUUCAACCUAGGAGUCUUCUCCGCUAGCACCUUCAUGGGGAUGAUCUUCGUCCUAGUCCCCGUGAGUCUCGCCAUCGAUAUGGUCUACGACCGGGAAAUCAAAGCCAAGAACCAGCUGCGCGUCAACGGGUUGUCCUUCUGCAUGUACUUCAUCACCUACUUCGUCGUGCUAGCGGCCCUCAUGGUCCUAAUUUGCGCCGCUUUGAUCCUGAUUAUCCUGUUGUUCGAUAUCCCGGCGUUCAAAGGGUGGCCGGCUUUGGUCACGCUUGGGACACUCACGUUCCUCUACUGCCCUUCGUCCAUUCUUUUUAGUACCUGUGUUAGUUACAUUUUCGACAAGACCGACUCCGCCCAGUCUAUUUUACCCAAUAUCGCUACGUUCCUCGGCUGCAUCCCGUUUUUUCUUGUGAGUAUGUUGGAUAUGCUGCGGAUUGGAGGGAAAGCGGCGUUGGUUCUGCAUAUACUUUUUUCCAUUCUGAAUGCGAUGUAUAUACCGUACGCUAUCAUCUACUAUAUACAGAGGGUUUAUAUGAUGUGUAAAGUCAACUCCACGUGCAAUACUCUCACACUGAUGGACUAUAUGACUGAUGAGAUCGUGGUCAUGCUGGUCGGGAUCGUCGUCAACAUCCCGUUUUGGUUCUUCAUGCUGCUGAUACUGGAUAUACGCAAGAGUGGAGGAAGGGUUCGAGACGCCUUCAAGUUAAUGAAACGCGACGUGGACGAAGCCACCGAAGACAUCAACGAACUAAGCGACAUCGGCGAGAACGAGGACCAAGACGUGAAAGGCGAGCGCCAGAAGGUGAAGAACCUGAUGGACUGCUACGUGGUGAACCCGCCCGUGGUCAUGGUCCAGAACCUCCACAAAGAGUACACCAAGAGCGAGAUCAAGUGCGAGUGCUGCUGCAAGCACGACGAAGAACCCAUCACCUCGAAAAUCGCCGUGAAGAGCCUCUCCUUAGCCGUGGACGCCGGCGAGGUCUUCGGCCUCCUGGGCCACAACGGCGCCGGCAAAACCACCACCAUGAAGAUAAUCACGGCCGAGGAGGCCCCCACCAGAGGCCGCGUCCAAAUCGGCGGCGAAAACAUCACCUCGAACAUGAACGACGCCUUCCAGCUCCUGGGGUACUGCCCCCAGCACGACGCCCUCUGGAAGAACAUCACCGUGCGGGAGCACCUGGAGUGCUACGCCGCCAUCCGAGGAGUCCCGUUCGGGGAUAUCCCGAAGAUCGUCAACUUGUACCUGUCGGGGCUGCAGAUCCACGAGCACGCGGAUAAGCAAGCCCAGCAGUGCUCCGGGGGAACCCGGCGCAAGCUCUCGUUCGCCAUGGCGAUGGUCGGCAACCCGAAGGUGGUCCUGUUGGACGAACCCAGCACCGGGAUGGACCCUCGCAGCAAGCGGUUCCUGUGGGACACCAUCCUGGCCAGUUUUCAGGGUUCCAGAGGGGCUAUCUUGACCACGCACUCCAUGGAGGAGGCCGACGCGCUGUGUUCGCGCGUCGGGAUCAUGGUCAAGGGCGAACUGAGGUGUCUGGGGUCCACCCAGCACCUGAAGAACCUCUACGGAGCAGGGUACACUCUGGAGAUGAAGUUGCGAGGUGGCGACCGAACGCCUACGUCUACUUCGGGCGAUCGACCCAGCGAACUCCGGGAGUUCGUCAGUGGGCUGUUCCACGACGCCACCCUGCAGGAGAGCUUCGCCGACAGGCUCGUCUUCAGUGUUCCACAACAAAGUGUUCCUUCUUUAGCUAACUGUUUCAUGCAGCUGGAGAAAGCUAAAACGGAGUUGGACAUCGAGGAGUACAGCUUCAGCCAAACCACGUUGGAACAGGUGUUUUUGAAGUUCGCGCACUACGAUGAGGUCAACGGGGAAUGAACCGGUUUAGACGUGUAAUCAUGUGAUUUAGAUAAGUUGAAAGCUAAAGUUUAAAGAAUUUCACUAAAAAGAAUCAAAAUUUAUUUAUUUUUUAAAAACGUACUUACUUAUUAAAAUGUUGAGUAGUCGAGAUGUGUUGGUUUUUAGGUAAAUUUAAGUUUCUAAUGUACAGUUAAAGCAUAAAUAACGUAAAAUUAAGGAGGAUGUAUAGUUUUGUGUAAAUUUGUAUGAUUGUUGUGUGAAAAAUGCAUUUAAUGGAGCGAAAAAAAACAGAUUGUUGACUGUAUACUUUCUUUGAUUGUUGGUUGGCCUAAAUGUUUUUUGUUCAGUUUUGGUUAACUACUUCAAGAUAUACUAGUGCCUAUCGUAUGUAAAUAGUCGCUUGCAAUUGGUUUCAUUAGUGAAUUUCUGAAUAAAGUGUUCAUUUGUUGUCAGGGUGGUCUUUCGCAUUGGCAACGUUAUAAUCAUUAGUUUAGCCACAACAUGGACUUUUCGACAGUUUUUACUUUACCUGCAAUAAUUACAAAUGUAUCAAUUGAAUUGUAAUAAAAUUUAUUGCUAAAA